AUGAAGCCCGCAGCUCCCACGGGCCGCAAGCAUAUCCGGUUGAGGAUACCCAUAGGUUGGGAUGCCGAGCGAAGGCAUUCUGCCAUGGAGAUGGUGAAAGAGCUGCAAGAUGUGGAGCCACCACCGGAAGAGGAGUCUUGGCAGGCAGACGAGAACCAGGGCGACGAUCAAAAUGAGAGCUGGAACGACGACAAGAAGAGAAAAUGGGAAGACGAAGGGGACCAGAGCUGGGACAACAAGAAGAAGAAGGAUGAUUGGUCCAACGACAAAGGAUCUUGGGGCAAAGAGGAGAAGAACGAUUGGAAUGACAAAAGCUGGGACAAGGGCUCAGGCGGAGGAGGAGGAGGUUGGGACAAGGACAAGAAGAACGACUGGGACAACAAGGCGAACUCCUGGGACAACGGAAACUCAGGUAAAAAGAAAUGGGACUCGAACCAGAGUGAUGACAAGUGGUCCAAAGAUUCCGGCGGAUGGAAUGAUAACAAGAAACAGGAUUGGAAAAGCGGUGGCAAAGAUGAUUGGAAAAGUGGAGGAAAAGACGAUUGGAAAAAUGGAGGAAAGGACGAUUGGAAGAAUGGUGGAAAGGACGAUUGGAAAAGCGGAGGAAAGGACGACUGGAAAAGUGGAGGCAAGGACGAUUGGAAGAGCGGAGGGAAGGACGAUUGGAAGAACAACCAGGCACGUGGCAGCAAAGACGAUUGGGGUGGCCAGCAGAAACAGGAAUGGGGGAAGAAGGACAGCUGGGACAAGAAAGACGACUGGGGCGGCGGAGGCCAAAAGCAGCAGGACUGGAAGAAGGACCAGUGGGACCAGGGUGGCAACCAGAACCAGUCCUGGCAGAAGAAGCAGGACUGGAACCAGGGUGACUCCUCGGGUGGCGGCCAGUGGGGGAGCAAUGACCAGAAGAGCUGGGGUGGUGGAGGCGGCAACAAGAAGCAGACGUGGCAGUCGCCUGCGCAGUCCCAGGAUUCUUGGGGAG